GAGGGGGCGACGGAAACCACUCGGACGGGAGAGAGAGAGAGAGGAAGUGAUGGCGCGGAGGGAAGGGAACCGGAAUCUACAAGGGAAUAGCUGGGAGAGAGGUUGGCGGAGGAUUCUCUGAAGAAGAGGCUAUAAGGUUCAACUUUUCAGCCAGGUUCUGGUUUUGGCAUGCAGUCAGUCGGCAGCCGCCUCCAUCAGGAACAGGGUGGGUAUCGCCGAGGAUUUCGACCAAGAGGCGGCAGGAGCUUCGGUACAUGGAGAGGGGGUUUUGCAGGAAGAUCAAGUAGAAGCAGGUUCGGAGGUAAUAAUCAAUUUGGGCACGAGAGCAGAAGCUUUGCAGAAGGACACUGGGAGGAUCGAAGGGAGGAGAGGAAACCAGGAGGAAAGGAAGGAAGCAAGCUGAUUGCAAGUUCAGGGAAGUUAGAAGCAGAUGGGACACAAGUUGGACAGCAAUCUUCAGAGGGUAAGAAAAUUGAGAAAAUGGAAGGGAUCCUUGUUUUUUCGGAGCAGGGUCGUGAUGCAUGCCUACUUGAGGACCACAAGAGCAAUGGGGAAGCUGCCAAGCUAGGAUCGAAGGUGUUGUUUUGCUCCAAAUGCACCCAGAAAGGUCAUGUUGUGGCUGAUUGUGUCAGUGAUGUUUUCUGUGACAUUUGUGAAAGCAGAGAACAUGUGAAUCACAAAUGUCCAAUUCUUAAGUUGCCUAAACCUUCAGUCCAAGCAGUUGGAUAUGCAGUUGAGGGCCUGGGUUUUAACCACAUUCAUCAUCCACCACUGCAAAGGAGCAAGAAAGGAACUAAAACAGCCUUAGUAAAGGUGAUUGGAGGUUCUUUAUCUAAAGACAGGCUGAUUGAUCAACUGCAAAGAAUAUGCCCAGGAAAUUGGAAUUGGGACCCGAAAAUUAGUGAGGAAGGGGCCUAUGUUGUACCUUUCCCGUCCAGAAUAGAAUUACAAAGGGCAAUCAAUUUUGGAGGGGCUGAUGUCAAGGAAGGAGGUGUGUUCACUAGUGUGAGGGUUCAAUUUGAAGAGUGGUUCGAAAAGGAAGAAGGCUAUUUGCUCCCAAAAGUUUGGAUAAGAGUGUUUGGCCUAAGGAAAAAGCUCAGAGAAUACCUCACUCUUUGGGCGGUGGGCUCACUGGUGGGAGCAACACAAUUAGUUGAUAUGAAGACAACAAGAAAAAGUGACUUUGGGAGGAUUUUUGUGGCAGUGCUUGACCCUGCAAUUAUACCAAGAAAAAUGGACGUGGUAAUAGGGGAUCACUAUUUUGAGCUGAUGUUUGAAAUGGAAAAAAAAGGCUUCGAUGAAAAUGGAGAAGAAGUGGAAUUCGAACAAGAAGACAAGGAUGGGGAUGGAGCAAAAGAAGGAGAGAAGGAAUUGGAAGAGGAGGGCAGGGAUCUGAAAAGAGCUAGAAAUGAUGAUAUGGUGAUAGAUGGGAAGCCUGGAGAGGAUGGGGAGGUUAGAGGGGUAGGAUCGCAUGGAGGGCAGCAGGAAGACGAGGUUUUCUUUGCCGACAAAAUAGCUGACCAAGUUAUUCAAGUAGCCAUGGAGAAGGUGUUAGGAGAGGUCUAUGAUAAGGUAGAGGAUGAAGAGAAAUUGAGAGCUGCCAUGUCUAAGAAGGAAAAGGAAGGAAAUGAGCCAAAGUAGAAAGGGAUGGUGAAGAAAAGGAAGAAAGGCUGCUGCAGCUAGCAGGGGUGAAAGAAGUUCUAGUGACACCGAAGAGAUCAAGCGGGAGGUUGGCCAAAAGCGGAGGACUACACUCGCUGGAGAAAGCCGAAAAGAGGAAAGCUUGGAAAAACCUGGAGCUUUCAGCAGGUGAUUUUCAGAGCGACAUAUUGGGCCAGAAGCUGGUCCUUGCUGCUUAAUGAAGAGGACAACAACUUGACGAAGGAACGCUACAGACUGCUAGAGAUGAGAGUGCUGGAGUUUUAUUCCAAAUACGGUUGGAACUUUCGAAGGAGAAUGCAAGUUUAGUUUCUCCCCUGGAUUAUGUGUAUUGCAGGGCGUCAAGUUGUUUGCUUGCUAGUUUGCUGGGUACUGGGUGUUCUUGUUUUCUAGUUAAGACAAUAUUUUGAUAGUUGUUUACCCAUGUAAUGGGAGAGCUUCAAUGCUCAUGUAUGAACUUGGUUGGCUGUGUACAUCUCUUUGGAUGUAGAGGCCGGGUUUUUAAUCUAUUAUCUAAAAAAAAGAUAUG